AUGCGUCUGCUUCCUCUGCGCUGUCGCCACCGCCUCCUCCUGCGCCACCGCAACGUACGCUCGCUCCAGACGGCAGCAGAAGCGGCGGCCGACGUGUCGUACACGCGCGGUCUGUUCCUCGGCGUGAACAAUGCCGCACGGGCGUUUCCGUACCCGGAGCUGUCGCCCAACGAGGCCGAGACGCUGCAGAUGCUCGUGGACCCCGUGGCGAAGUUCUUUCGCUCAGUGGACUCGCGCGCAAUCGACGAGACAAAGACGAUCCCACCAGAGGUACUGCACGACAUGAAGGAGCUCGGACUCUUUGGCCUGCAGAUCCCCGAGGACCUGCACGGCCUCGGGCUCUCCAACACAGGCUACGCUCGGGUCUGCGAGGAGAUCACGGACGGGAGUUUGGCCGUGACGGUCAUGGCGCACCAGUCGAUCGGCCUCAAGGGCAUUCUCCUGAACGGCAACGACGCGCAGAAGGCCAAGUACCUCCCGAAACUCGCGACCGGCGAGCACAUUGCCGCCUUUGCCCUCACAGAGCCUUCGAGUGGGUCCGACGCGGGAUCGAUCAAGACGCGGGCGACGCUGUCGGAAGACGGCAGGCACUUUGUGCUGAAUGGGAACAAGAUUUGGAUCAGCAAUGGCGGCUGGGCGGACGUUCUGACGGUGUUUGCCCAGACGGACGUCAACGGCACGGACAAAGUCACGGCGUUUAUUGUCGAGCGCGCGUUUGGGGGGGUAACAAGUGGUCCAUCAGAGGACAAACUUGGGAUCCGAGGCUCCAAUACGUGUCAAGUGUUCUUUGACAACUGCAAAGUGCCGAUCGAAAACGUGUUGGGCGGUGGCCCCGAGAUGAACACAGGCGGCGCAGCUGGCGUCGGCCAGGGGUUCAAGGUGGCGAUGAACAUCCUCAACAACGGUCGGUUCGGCCUCGGGGCAUGUGCUGGAGCGUCGCUUCGUCGAGUGCUCGGAGUCGCUGCUGAGCACGCAAACUCGCGCAAGCAGUUUGGCGCACCAUUGGCAAACUUUGGCUUGAUCCAGAAGAAGUUUGGCACGAUGGCGCUGGACGCGUACGCGAUCGAGUCCAUGGCGUUUAUGACCACAGGCAUGAUCGACCGCGGCGACCCGUCGUGCGAAAUUGAGGCCGCCAUGUGUAAGGUGUAUGGCUCGGAAGCAGCGUUUACCGGCAUCAACGAGUGCAUCCAGGUCAUGGGUGGCACUGGCUUCAUGAAGGAGUGGCCGUUCGAGCGUCUCAUGCGCGACUGUCGUAUUCUUUCGAUCUUUGAGGGCACAAAUGAAAUCCUUCGCAUGCUCAUUGCUCUUAGUGGUAUACGGACUGCUGGCGAACGCCUUUCGGCCGUCGGUAAGCUGCUCCAGAAUCCACUAUCGGACCCGUCGAAUGCGGCCAAAGAGAUAUCGGACCGUUUGCAGCGCAAGUUCUCGCCGUCUCCAUUGAAAGGAGCGCACUCGAGUUUAUCCGGUCAAGUGAAUCUGCUGCAGAAGCGCACGGCGGAGUUUGGUGACGCUGUCGAGUACCUGCUCCGCAAGCACGGCAAGAAGAUAGUGAACGAGCAGAUGCAGUUGGAGCGCGUGGCUGACUCGGCAAUCGCGCUGUUCGCCAUGACCGCCACCAUCUCACGCUCGUCUGCUUCACUAACCGCCGGCAACGAGUCGGCCGAGCACGAGAAGAAACUCACGAUGCUGUACUGCGACGUGACGUCCAGCAGGAUUCAGACUCUGCUCCGCGACAUCAAAAUGGCCGGCAAACGCGACGAGCAGCUGCGCGAGAUCGCUGCGGAGGUGCUCACAGCCGGGAAGUACAUUCCGAGCCACGCCACGGGCAUUGACUGCUAG